GCUGCGUGCAGCAGGCAAGGACGACUGCAAGGCUUCGCGUUAUGUGAAUUUCGCCAUUGCAUGACCCAUUUGAUUACCAUAACUCUAAACCUUCAUAACCUUUUUGCCAUUGCCAACCCCAAUGCGCUUUAACCUUUCUUUAAUCCUCCUCCCAAUUUCCUACAGAUAUCUUUCAAAUUGAAUGCGACAAGCGUUUCAAUUAAACGUCGCCUUAUAAGCUACGGCAUCCAACAGCAACCACAAUCUUCUCAUCGAUUAUAGCACUACAUUAGUACUGAACACUCCAGUACAUCCGAACCAAAGACCACGGUGCAACGAGGCAUAAAUGAUAAUCGAAGGCAUACUCAACAAAAUGAUUGUCCGAAAUUAACUGUGUUGUCCAUAUAUACAUGUUCACGCAGUCACAAUUCAAUCAGUGCUAAGUCUGGUUGUUGUCACCUCGUUGCCUUGGCCAGCUGGUCCAAUUUAGAUCAGCCCAUACUUUAGCCCAUUUGAUAUGGCAGAAAUACCUAAUUCUGAUUCACCGGAUCCUCUAUCGUCGACACCCCCCCGACCAGGCCGACUUGUCGCACCUUCUACCACUUCGACCGUUUAUACUACUUCUACGCCUUCUUUACCUUCUACACCCUCCACCAACAUCGACUUACGCUCUUCGCUAUCCGAGUCGCCUAGCCGACAAACACGCAACCAUCAACACCAACGUCAGCAUCAACGUCAAACACCUUCGAACGAUACCAGCUCUGCGCCCGCAGCAAUACCCCCUCCCAUGUCGUUCAACAACCAUGGCGAAGAAAGAGCCAUGUUGAAUGAGCUUCUCGGCUUUAUUAGAGAGGUUGACAAUGAUGAGCUCUUUCCUUUUGACCUACCCGACCGCGAACUGGACGAGGAAGUGGAAGAGGAAGGUCUAUUCGUGAGCGAUAACGACGAUCUUGACUAUAUUGACGCCGAUUAUGACGGCGACGGAUUCAAUGCUAUCGAGGGAAAUGCUAGACCUGGGCAGCCGGAUGAUCUUCCUUGGGUAGAUAUUCCUUCGGAUGAUUCCCUUGAGGAAAACCAAUUCUUGGCAAGAAUGAACCAUCAAAGAGAUGCAGGCAACAACCCUGGACAGUCGGAUGAGCUUGUGGAAAUGGAAGUAACGCAGGCAGGAAACCCCCGAGGCAACCAGGGACAUCAGCGGCAGCAGCCUCGAGCAGCGCCUGAAGUUAUUGACUUGACAGGCGAGAAUGAUAGCCCUACGCAGCCCGCUCAACCUGCGCCCCAGAAUCAUUCUCAGAAUAGCCGAAGACAGCGAUCACAGCAGCGAAACGUUCUACCGCGACUGGCUCGUAGUGAUGCUAGCUACAUGGAAGCUCGCAACGUCAUCAACUUGAUUUCAGACUCAGAUGACGAGGAUCCUGCUGUGUUGCCACCUCCGAGACGUAACGAGCCUCAACGUCCGCACCAGGGUCCUGCCAUCCAGCAGCCUCCUCGCCAUCAACGACUGCGAGAUCGCGCACAGCCAGCACCGGCACCGGCACGCUUCGGCUUACCCCAUCCCCACCACACCUUCCAUGAUCUCCAGGAGUUUUUCAACAACAUACCUUUACUUCGGCUGAUUGGCAACCCGCCUGGGGCAGACAACCGUGACCGCAAUCGGGGCGACGAGGAUAUUGUCAUGAUAGGACAUCGCAAUCUCACGCCUAACGUUCUGCCGGCGCCAAAUCUCGCCCCUGUCAAUCUAGAUGUUCGCGUCCAUCCUUUCGCCGUUGCGGCGAAUGCGCCACAUGCGCCCGGUGGUCUCGGUGCCAAGCCCGCGCACGAGCCCCCUAAGGAGACGAGAGAAGGUUUUACGCGAAACACGGCCGAGGACGUAGUCGCCAUAUGUCCGAGUUGUGAGCUCGAGUUAGCCUACGACCCGGAUGACGAUGACGCUUAUCAAGGACCCCCGGCAAAGAAAGCUCGUACAAAGAAGGACAAGGCUGAACAUCAUUUUUGGGCCGUCAAGGCUUGCGGACACGUCUACUGCCGAGCAUGCUACGAGAACCGAAAACCCGUGGGCAAAAAUCCAGUCCAAGUAGGAUUCCGACGGGAUCCUAACGGGCCCAAGAACCACGUGCUCUGCGCCGUCGAGGAUUGCGAAACGGACGUUAGUGCCAAGUCGGCCUGGGUUGGCAUCUUCAUGUGAUGUCACCUUAGCCACUUCACGAUCACAGAUUUUACUAGGCUUGACCGGAGCCAAAUUCGGGGAGGCUGGAUACCCGAUUUGAAAUUCAUUCGAUACUACGACGGUACUCCGGGAUUCACAUUUGCAUGGCAUGGCGUUACGUCUAGGAAUGGCACAACAAUCGGCAGGGUUGGUAGGAGGUAUGAUUCCCAUGGGUUUUGUUUUCCGCGAGAUUACGGUACAUCAUCAUGAACCUGGCUUGGUUGCAUUUGGUGGUUGUCCCGUCCUAUCUGAAGGGUUGGGCCGGUCGGCGGAUGCGCGGUGCAUCCGAGAUGAUCAAUUGCCUAGGUAGCUUACGCGCGUUCUCCUCCACCCUGAUACGUAAGGUGGGGGCUUACCUAUUUAUAUAGGCAACGCAGUGCUUUCAAAGAACACAUCUAAGGCAAAACGUAUGAUUACGG